ACCAAUUUUACAAGAACAAAAUUUCCCUUAGACCGAAGUUACUGAAGUUUGACGGUAGUGAUGAAUAGACGUCUUUACGUAACCGUAUUUAUUGUAAUCAUUUCUUUUUACUAUCUUUGUUUCUGGCAUAAAACUGACUUCAUUAAAAAAGAACUGCCUCAAGCCUUAGUCGUUGGUGUGAAAAAAUGUGGCACCGGUGCAUUGAGAAGUUUUUUGAUGCAGCACCCCGACAUAAACUUCAACCCCUCCGAGAUCAAGUUUUUCAACCACCCCUGGAACUACUUACGAGGGUACAGAUGGUACGUGAACCAAUUUAGCCCAAGAAGCAGAGAAGAUCAAAUCAGGAAUGGGGAAACGAUACAACUAACUAUUGUGUCAUUUCACCAAAUUAGGAUUGAAAAGACACCCAAGUAUUUCCAUGAAGAUUACGUUACCCGCCUUAUAUGGAAUAUGGAUCCAAAGAUGAAGAUCAUUAUAGUGGUGAGAGAGCCAGUGAAACGCACUAUUUCAGACUACACACAGGAAUCAAUCAGUGGAAUGUUUCACGUUGACAUUAGCAGAAAACUCUUGAACAGAUUCGGAGAAAUCGAUCCAUCUUCAGAGUUGAUCAGUCCUAGCUUAUACGCCAAUCACCUGAAACGAUUCUUAGAAUUCUUCCCAAGAAGCCAAAUUCAUAUUGUCGAUGGAGAGAAUUUACAACGCAAUAAUCCAUCUAUUGAACUUGCCAAAAUCGAGAAGUUUUUGGGUAAAAGCAACUAUUUCACUAGUACUAAAUUUUCAAACAACACAACGAAAGGGUAUUACUGCUUUGUUAGUGACAUGGGCAAACACAAAUGCUUGGGAAACGCUAAAGGAAGGCGACAAGAACUAGUUGAUGAACGAGUAGUUAGCAAACUGAAACAGUUUUUCAAAUGCCACAACGAAGACUUCUUCAGAAUUGUGAUGAAGCUGGAACAACAGGAUGAUUUAUAA